AUGAGAGAAAUAACAUGUGAAAAUCUUGACCAAGACACCUGUGCCUAUGCAAUCUCAUCGUCCGGCAAGCGUUGCUUGCUCGAGAAGCGCGUAAAAAGGACCGGGGAAGAAGCAUACACAUGCCGCACAUCCGAAAUUGAGGCUGAUAGAUUGAGGAACUGGAUUGAGACAGACCAAUGCAUCAAAGCAUGUGGACUUGACAGAAAAUCACUCGGAAUCUCAUCAGAUUCUCUUCUCGAGUCUCGCUUCUCUCAACAACUUUGCUCUCCUCAGUGCUACGACAGCUGCCCUAACGUUGUCGAUCUUUACUUCAACCUCGCUGCCGCUGAAGGUGUUUUUCUCCCCAAAUUAUGUGAGGCGCAAGAGGGAAAUGUCAGAAGAGGAUUGAUGGCUGAUCUCAAAAGUUCUGGUUAUGUUGCACCAGGACCAAACCACCCAGUGAAGUACACAUAUGCUCCAGGUCCAGCUGAACCAGUUACAUACACAUAUGCUCCAGGUCCAGCUGAACCAGUUACGUACACAUAUGCUCCAGGUCCAGCUGAACCAGUUACAUACACAUAUGCCCCAGCUCCAGUAGAUUACCCAGUUGCCCCAGCAACCCCACCUUAUUAA